AUGGUGCUUAAUAUAUUUAGCAAGAAAUCGGUGGCUCCAGCUGCAUCACUGGCGCCUGCAACACCAACAAGAACAAUAACAUCCUCAUCGCCAAAGGAACCAACUCCAAAAUCAAAGAAAGCAUCACCACGUACAUCACCUCAAAUUGGAAGCUCUACGACUACUGAUUCAAACAAAGGAAUCGCUUAUAAAUCAACAAGAAUAAUUAUCCCAGGUGGUAGCUUAUCAAUAAAUCAAACUCCAUCUCCAGAGGAACAACGACCACAGCCAUGUACUACACCACGCGGACAAAGAAAGAAAAGGCAAUCAUCACCUAAUACAACUACUUACAAAUCCAAGAAAUCCAACUCUCUGGACUCCAUCAAUGGAGAUCAACGCCCAUCGUCUUCAUCAUCAUCAUCAUCAUCGGCAACUCGCAUUAGAAAUCGUGAACGAGAAAGAGCAGUUAAUAAUAGGACAAGGCCAUUAAGGGGUAGUUACCGAGAUAGAAGAUCAAGUAUAUCUUCAAGAGAAUCACUCAAUUUAAGAGAACGGAAAAUUAAACAGACCAUUAAAUCCAAUAACAAUAAUAAUAAUAAUAAUCGACAACAAAGAAGAACCCCGCAACCAAAUCCACCAUACCCAAUUAAUGACAUUGCCGAUUUAGUCAGUGAUGAAGAUCAUGAAAAUGAUUCACUGACAACAUAUAUAUCCGGUCAAAUUAAUUCUAGUGGCACUGCAACGACAGCGGCACGGAAUCAAAUGAUAUCUACCAGCACCCGUCCAAAACGGAAAAAUAAAAAGAUGGAACUAGCUAGAAGAGCUACCGCCAGACAAUUGGAAACACCUAGAAGCAAUGCUACUACCUCCACAACUAUGGAACCGUCAACUUCACUGCAAAUUACAAACAACACAGACAAUUAUUAUUAUGAUGCUCCUCAACCAACCCAAACGGAAGCAGUUGCAUGCAUCUUAGAAAGAACAGGGAGUCAAGCAAGAAACAGUCGAAGAGCAAGGAGAGCAAUGGAGUUGAGACAUCAAGAAACUAUUGAGGAAGGAAGUUCCAAUAAUCAUCAAUCAAAUAAUAAUAGUAGUACCCGUGAUACUAAUAUGCGUCCUAUUUCCGAUAUCCGUCUUCCACUUUUAUUAACACCGAAUAUUAAUGAACAUGAACGGCAUUCAACUGACAUAAAUUUGCAGCAACACCAACUGCAGGUACCUAAUAUUCUGGAAACACCUAUUCAACAGGAAGAAGAAGAACAACAACAACAACAACCAUAUAAUACUCCUAGUAUACCUCACCAACAGCAAGACGAAAAUCAACGACCAUUGAGUACAUUAGAAGAAACAAGAAACGCGAUACUUGCAAGAUUGAACGCACGAGUUGAUAUUUCAAUGUUUUCAAUGGAUUUGAUUGAUCCUCCACCAUUGGAUGAAUAUUCACCUUCAUUAAUGGAAACUGAAACCACAACAGAAUAUUCACCACCAUAUAGGGAACAUCUACAUCGUAAAGUUGAUUUAAUUUCAUUUGAUCCAAGAUAUUCUGUUCCAGUAUUAAGAAUUAAUAAAAAAUUAAUAAAAAAUAAAAAGAAUUUAAAGAAAGUGAUUCGAAAAUUGAUAAAAUUAAGAAUUGUUCCUGAAGAUGUCAAUUUAUGGGAAAUUAAUAAAGUUGAUGAUGGUGAGUUUUAUAGUAUCUUGCCUGGAUUGAUUCAUAGUUUUGAAGAACAACAACGUGAAGAACGAUUACAACAAAGACCGGAAGAAUAUGAAAAUGAUAUACAACGUGCACUUGCAAUAUCAUUAGAAGAAGAAAAUCAACGUGAAUUGUAUAGAGGUUUCAGAUAUCAAGAACGAUCAAAUAACAGAGUGAUUGAACAGAUUGUUCAAUUUCCAGAUUUUGAUUUGAAUCAUGGUAGAUUUAUGGAUGCAUCUGAACUAGAACGACAAGAACAACCAAGAGAAGAAGAUGAAUCAGCCAUAAGACGUGAAUUACUUAGAGGGUUUAGGUAUAAUCAAUCAAGAAUGAGUCGAGCUGCUGAAGAAGUUAUUGACUCUCCUGUUCUUGAACAGAUCGCAAGCCAAGAUGAUGAUGAGGAUGAUGAUGAGCUUGUUACAGAUGAACUGGAAGAGAAUGAAGACGAAUUUAUUGAUGUUGAUCAAGCUAUUUCAGAAUUGUAUACUGAAAGCCAUCAAUCGCGUCAGAAUGGAUUAUUACCUGCACCUCGGUUUGGUUAUUCAUUACCACAUCAUACUCAAUCAUCAACAUCGUCGUUUAUAACUGCUCGCCGUGGGUUAUCUGUAUAG